GGCUUCACCCGCUCCAAAAACCUGCUGGAGCACCAGCGCACCCACACCGGCGAGCGCCCCUUCACCUGCAACCAGUGCGGCAAGGGCUUCACCCGCUCCAACAGCCUGCUGGAGCACCAGCAGGUGCACACCGGCGACCGUCUCUUCCCUAAGCCCUUUGGCUGCUCUGACUGCAGCAAGAGCUUCAAAACGACGAAUAACCUGAGGGCCCACCAGCGAGUGCACACGGGCGAGAAGCCCUAUGGCUGCUCUACCUGCGGGAAGAGAUUUUUCAAUUCGUCGAGUCUGGGGCGGCACCAACAGGUGCACACAGGCGAGAAGCCCUAUGGCUGCUCCGCCUGCGGCAAGAGGUUCAGGAGGGCGGAUGACCUGAAGAUCCAUCAGCGGGUACACACGGGCGAGAAGCCCUAUGGCUGCUCGACCUGCAGCAAGACCUUUGCCUGCUUGUCGGGGCUGCGGGUGCAUCUGCGGGUGCACACGGGCGAGAAGCCCUAUGGCUGCUCCACCUGUGGCAAGAGCUUUUCCCAGUUGUCGGGGCUACGGCGGCACUGGCGGGUGCACAGCAGUGAGCGACCCUUCACCUGCUCUGACUGCGGCAAAGGUUUCAAGUCGUUGUCGGAACUGAAGGUGCACUGGCGCCUGCACUCCGGGGAGCGGCCCUACACCUGCAGCAACUGCGGCAAGGGCUUCAUCCGCUCCAACAACCUGCUGGAGCACCAGCGCACCCACAACGGCAAGCACCCCUACACCUGCGGCCAGUGCGGCAAGAGCUUCACCCGCCCCACCAGCCUGCUGUCCCACCAGCGGGUGCACGCCAGCGACCGUCCUGUCCCCAGCCCGGUGUGGGGAGAGUGCUUGGCCAUGGCCUCCCACACCCUGUCUCACCAGCACGUGCACACCAGUGGCCAGUCCUAUGACUGUCCAUACUGCGGUGAGGCGUUUGACAGCUUGCGGGGGUUGCGGCAGCACCGGCGGACCCACGCCUUCGAGAGGCAGCUCCCACUGCGGCAAGCGUUUCAAGAGCGCACAGGGGCUGCAGGAGCACCAAUGGAUAUACAGACCAUGAUGGAGAAGGGUUUAGGAUCCGUUGCUGUGGACGGAGAGACGGGGACGUGAGCGGCCAUUGAGGGCAGCCACGGUGCCGGUGAGCCCCCCCCCCCCCCAUCUGCUCGGUGUGCGGGCUGAGCUUUGAGGGGCUGAGCAUCGAUGGAGGACAUGAUGGGGCACAACAAGGAGAAGCGUUAUGAGUGCGAUGUUUGUGGCAAGGCCUGGCAGCACUCGAGCCUGCUGGAGACCCAGUGGAGGGUGUACACGGGAGAACGCACCUUCGACUGCUCGGAGUGUGGCAAGAACUUCACCCGAUACGAAACCGUGUGCACUUCGGCGAGAUGCCCUUCGGCUGCUCCAACUGUAUCAAGAGGUUCACCCGCUCCAACAGCCUGCUGGAGGACUGGCAAACACACAGCGGCGAGCACCGCCUCACCUAUGCCCUGUGCGGCAAGGGCUUUACCUGCUCCUCCAAGCUGCUCUCCCACCAGCAGGUACACUCCUGUGACUGCCCCUUCACCAGGCCCUUCGGCUGCUCCGAUUGCGGCAUGGACUUCAAGACAGCGUAUGACCUGAAGGCCCACCGGCGAGUGCACACGGGCGAGAAGCCCUUGGGCUGCUCCACCAAGCCGUCAAUUCGUCGAGGCGGUGUGGAAGGAAAAAAAUUAAUAUCCUACCUUACUUAAUUUUGAUUGGAAUUGAAUAAGGUAAGGAAAGGGAGCUUAUGUUUGGCUUGGAAAGGGGAUGG